AUGGAUGGAUUUACAGAAGCCCUGAGUGAUGAACCCAAGUUCUCAAAACGGAAUAGACAUGGUUCACCAGACAGUUCGCAUUCGAGAUCUUCAUCUCUAUCCAAAAACACACUACAGGACCGCCUAUUUACAAAGCUCCUCCAACAAGUCAUCCCAACAGACGAUGAAGAUGAACCUGAUUCAUUGGGAGACAAGGCCUUGGCCUCUCCUCAGAAACCGGCUUUCAGUUUGCCUGUAAUGGCAAACAACUUCCGCCGCUUUAAUGCAAGAAUCGGUGUGGUAUUUCUGUUCCAGAGCCGUGUUGAGCAACUAUUGACCUGGGAUACACCAACCCAUACCAUUUCUUUCCUUUUUGUCUAUUCUUUCAUCUGCCUUGAACCUCAUCUACUUUUGGUUUUACCCCUAGUGGUUCUCUUGCUCUUUAUAAUGGUGCCAGCCUUUGCAACUCGUCACCCACCACCUCCAAGCACCUCGACGUCCAGCACUACUCCUUACUACUCCUAUGAUGGACCAGCGCUGGCACCAGCCACGACUAUUAAGCCAGCGCCAGAGACUUCUAAAGAUUUUCUUCGGAACAUGCGAGAUCUACAGAACUGCAUGGCUGAUUUCUCAGACGCUCACGAUGCGGCCGUCUCUGUUGUUGCGCCACUGACGAAUUUCUCUAAUGAGAAGCUCUCUUCAACUCUAUUUCUUGGAUGCACAAUUGCCACAGUUGUAUUGUUUAUCAGUGCGCAUCUGCUGCCCCUCAAAAUUGUGCUGCUUGUUGGCGGAAAUGCGUUGAUUCUCUCCAUCCAUCCAACGGUGAGGCAAUUUUUCUCCAGUCUGAUGCAAGACAUAGCUGGAGAUUCCAUAGGCAUGGAUUCUGCAGAUCCAUCCGCAGCGAUUUUAGCAAUGGAAAAGCUCGCAGAUAUCUCCUUGGACACAUACCCCGAAGAGCGAGAGGUGGAAAUUUUCGAGCUGCAGCACCGGGCAGCAGGAACGUCAGAGUCUGGGUGGGAAAACUUCCUGUUCAGCCACGCGCCAUACGACCCGCUAUCACCAUCUCGCAUCGCCGGGGACCGACCUCGUGGAUGCCGGUUCUUUGAGGAUGUCCGUGCCCCGCGUGGCUGGGCUUGGAAGAGCAAGAAGUGGGAACUUGAUCUAGACUGUCGUGAAUGGGUGGUGGAGCGCAUGAUCACCAGUGUUGGCUUCGAAGUUCCAGGCGUAAAUGCCGAAGGCAACGCCAUGGUUGGAGAAGUUGGUGGUUGGGUUUGGGACUUGCCUCCAAUUCGGCGGGAGUCGGAUGAUGAUUUGACGCUAGCCUACGGAGACCUGCCUGAGUCACCAUCUCCUAAGGGAACCAAAGGCAAGGGGAAGGAGAAGGCGAAAUUACGGGAUUGGGAGGAAGGGACUGCGGCCCACGGAGUGGGGGAAUGGAGACGCCGACGAUGGGUACGAGUGGUGCAACGGAUAAGCCUUCCGCCGGCGGGAGGUGUCACCUACUCAACACUCAGUAGUAAUAGCUAG